AUGGCAGGAGGGCUGGGCUCGGGCCCGUCUGUGCUGUUCCUGCACCCGGACCUGGGCCUGGGCGGCGCCGAGCGGCUGGUGGUGGAUGCGGCGCUGGCGCUGCGGGCGCGCGGCUGCCGUGUGCAGAUCUGGACCGCGCACUACGACCCCGCGCGCUGCUUCUCGGAGACGCGCGGCCUGGCGGUGCGGAGUGUGGGGGAUUGGCUGCCCCGCAGCCUCUUCGGGCGGGGCCACGCGCUCUGCGCCGCGCUGCGCAUGGCCUACGUGGCGCUCUACGUGCUGCUGCUGAGCGGGGAGGAGAUGGACGUGUUCGUGUGCGACCAGGUGUCUGCUUGUAUCCCAAUUCUCAGACUGACCAGAACUCCUAAGAAGGUUUUGUUUUACUGUCACUUUCCUGAUCAGCUUCUGACCAAGAGAGAAUCUUUUCUUAAACGCAUCUAUAGAGCUCCACUUGACUGGUUGGAAGAGUAUACUACUGGCAUGGCAGAUUGCAUUGUUGUCAACAGCAAUUUUACAGCAAAUGUCUUCAAGAAUACAUUUAAAUCCUUAAAUCACAUUAAACCAGAUGUCCUAUACCCUUCCUUGAAUGUCAGUACCUUUGAAACCAUUGUUCCUGCAGAUAUAGCUAGUAUAAUUCCCCAAGGGAAAAAAUAUUUGUUUCUUUCAAUCAAUAGAUUUGAAAGGAAAAAAAACCUAGCAUUAGCUCUGGAAGCAUUACAUGAUCUUCGUGGAAGGCUCGAUGCUCAAGAGUGGAAUGAAGUUCAUCUAGUUUUAGCUGGUGGUUAUGAUGAAAGAGUUUUGGAAAACGUAGAACAUUAUGAAGAGCUGAAGACUAUUGGGACCAAGCUUAAUAUUAGCGAGCAAGUCACUUUCGUGAGGUCUUUUUCAGAUGAACAAAAAAUCUCUCUUUUCAAUAACUCUCUGUGUGUGCUUUAUACGCCAAGCAAUGAACACUUUGGCAUAGUUCCUUUGGAGGCUAUGUAUAUGAGAUGUCCAGUUAUAGCAGUUAAUUCAGGUGGUCCUUUGGAAUCUGUUAUAAAUAAUGUUACAGGAUUUUUGUGUGAUCCUCUUCCAACACAAUUUUCUGAGGCCAUGGAAAAAUUUGUGAGAGAUCCUGCCUUAAAGAAUACAAUGGGAGCAGCUGGAAGAGCAAGAGUUACAGAAAAAUUUUCAUCAGAAGCAUUUACUGAACAGCUGUACCAAUACAUAUGUAGAUUUACACAAUAACAAAUACACUCCAUAGUGUAAUUUACUGCUUUGUCAUGUUUCUGAUUUGUACAUGAGACAGUUAGUUAAACUAACAUCUAGGCUAGUGCAAGGAUGCUGAAAUAUUUAGAAAAUUUGAAUUAAUCUUUAAACUACACUUUUGAUAGUAUGUUUCAUGCCAGUUGCCACAAAAUAACAAGAUUUUAGUUGAGGUUAGAUUUGUUUACCACUGACUACAUUGAAUUUUUGCUGUGUUUCAUGUACUCGAAAAUAUUUUAAUAAAUUUAUUAGACUUCCUAGUUUAAACUGGGGAAAGUUAAAAUUAUGGCAAGUCUGACUUCAGGUUGUAUAAGAUGAUUAACUUUCUUAUUUAACCUUUCUUCUCUACACUUGCUAUGAAUUAACUUUACAGUGCAAGUCUUUUGUUGUAAUACUCUGCACCCUAAUUUUCCUUUUGAAUGAAUUUCUACUGAAAGGCUCUGCCAGAUCUCCACCAAUUCUGGUGUGGAUGGGGUCAUUGAAAAUACAGUGAGCUAUACAUAUGCAAUAAAGUCCCAAGGGUGUUUUUUGUUUUUUUUUUUUUAAAUGCCAACUAGUGGUCUGAUGAUCUUGAACAGUCUUAAACUGUCUAUUUGUCUGUGAACUCCUGUCCUUAAUGUCAUAAUCCCAGUAAUUAGCUGUUGUUCUUGGAGCAGUAGCAGAGGGAAGAGAGAGAAAGAGGAAACCAAGGAUGUCAAAAUCCCUCAGACAAAAAAUGGGGCCAACAUUUAACCCCAUUUCUCUCAAAAGUCCCUGAAAUCUUCUUGAAUAUCAGCCGUUGUACUAAAUGUCUACAUCUACUGAAUUAAAGUGCUACAUUU